AUGGCAACACCGACCUGGUGGCAAGAAGACAACCACCCGUUCUCCCUCCCUCGCCACGCCCCCCUCACCCUCCAACUCAAGGUCACAGUCCUGAACCUGUUUUUCUCGCGGGACUUCCUCUCCGACUUCCCCCGCUCCUGGGUCUUUGGCUACUUCAAGCCAGUCAAGCUGGAAUUGAACCAGCACAUCUACCGCGAAGAGGAGAUCCCACCGCGGGUUUCCUCGCGCCUCCACAACGGGGCCCGGUUCCUACACGUCGGCGUCGAUACCUCCUCGGGUAUCGUAACCCAGCGCACAGCUGGGUCAACGAAGUCGACGUACCAGAUCCGGAUCACGGCCAGCAUUCGGGACGAGAAGGGAGUGGUUGGCGUGGACGCGAAGGAGGGCCCCAUCAGUUGGACUUUGUGCGUGCAGUUCGACUUGGCGGAGGAUUCGGAGGAGAAGAACGAUAUUCUCGGUUGGGGAUGGGGACAAACCAUCAGGCUCCUUCGGGAUGCUGUGAAGGGGGGGUUUGCUGAGGAUGGAAGCCCGGCUGGAGGGCCAGAGAGAAUGGUCCCGCACGUAAGUCUUGGGAUAGCUUCAAAAGCUCGUCAUCAGAGGAAUUCAGACUAACUUAUGAAUAUCAUAGUUCUUGGUCGGCGCCUACUGGAUCACCACCGACAGAACCGGAUAA